AUGCUCUCGUGGUGCAGAAACCUCUUGCUUCUUACAACGCUGCUUGUCUGUUCCGAAGCAUUCCACGAACUCCAUUACAUCGCUACCUUUAACACUUACCACCCUUUUUACAUCCAAGAGUCCCUCAUCACCUCGGCCCUCUCCCUACUUCCCCAAUCUACCUGGCACAUCCUCCCGCGCACCAACCUCGCCGCCCGCACCCUCCCCACCGACUUUGCCCUUUUCGAAUCCCCCGACCCUUCUGUCCUCCGAGAGCUUCGCUCCGCGCCCUUCAUCCGCUCCGUUACUUCAGAGGGGGAGCACGGCCGCCGGCUCCGCGCCUUCCUGCGCAACCAGACCUCCGACUUCGAGGAGCCCGACAUCGUCGACCCGGUCUCCAGACGCGCCCACCAUCGCGACAUACCUGGCAUCCACGCCUUCGGCGCAGGUCAACUCUGGCGUCUCGGCUUUACGGGCGAGGGCGUCAAAGUCGCCGUCUUUGACACCGGGCUCAUCUCGGAUCAUACAAACUUUGCCCACGUCGUUGAGCGCACAAAUUGGACAGAGGAAAACUCCACCGUCGACGUCGUGGGCCACGGCACUUUCGUCGCAGGCCUCAUUGCGGGUAGCCACCCGGCGUGCCCUGGGAUUGCACCGCACGCUUCGCUGUACGCUUUUCGCGUCUUUACCGGUGCCCAAGUCAGCUACACGUCCUGGUUUUUGGAUGCCUUCAACUAUGCUCUACAUGUCGGCAUUGACGUCCUCAAUCUCAGCAUCGGAGGGCCGGACUUCGCGGAUAGUCCGUUCACAGACAAGGUCAACGAGCUCACCGCGCACGGCGUCAUUGUCGUGAGCGCCAUUGGGAAUGAUGGGCCGCUGUGGGGAAGUUUGAACAACCCCGGAGAUAUGAUGGACGUCGUCGGCGUAGGAGGAGCCGAGCCAGAUGGGAGCAUUGCCAAGUUCAGCUCCCGUGGCAUGACCACCCACGAGCUGGAUGGAAUACAUGCAUCGUACGGGAGAGUCAAGCCCGACCUUGUUGCAUACGCCAGGUCGCUCGUCGGUCCCAGUCACAAGAACCUGCUGAGCUGUCGUAAAUUGAGCGGCACGUCUGUGGCGAGCCCUGUUGUGGCAGGAGCAAUCGCCCUAUUGGCUUCGACAGUGCCGAAGGAUCGCCGGCGAAGGGUUGUUAAUCCAGCGAGUAUUAAGAGAGCCCUGAUUCAGAGCGCGCGCAAACUGCGCAUGGCUUCCAUUUAUGAACAGGGCGCUGGAUUGCUUGAUAUUGGAGAUGCAUACGAUAUCAUACAGCAGAUUGACGCCGAAGUAUUGGCCGCAAUGAAGACAGAGCAGCUGCAGGGCAAAGGCCUCAACAUUGAAAGGAGCCUUGCCAGCAGAGACCCCAGCUUGGGUUUCUAUGACGAAGAUGAUGGAGAGAAUGCGAGCUCUAUCCCAGGACCCACCGCUGCUUUCUUUCCCUCCUUCUAUGACCUCACACCAGCUGGGUGCCCGCAAAUGUGGCCCCACUGCGCGCAACCGCUUUUUGCGGGAGGAAUGCCGAUGAAUCUCAACGCCACUGUGCUGAAUCCAGCUGGGGUUAGCGGAAGAAUUACAAACAUAACCUGGGUCGGAGGGCAGCACGGAGAAUUCUUGAAUGUUGAGGUAACAGCCCCAAAACGAUUUUGGCCCUGGGCAGCAGGGUUGGGUCUUCACCUUUCUGUGAAUGACUUACGUCAUAGGCUUACAAUGCCAAUAACGGCCUACGGAGUACUGCGAGUCCGAGUUGUCAGCGUGCACAAACAAACGCACUCAGACAUUGAGUUACCAAUCAAAGCCUCCAUAAUUCCACCCCCUCAACGAGAGAAGCGCCUCUUAUGGGACAUGUUUCACUCCAUCCGGUAUCCACCAGGAUAUGUACCGAGGGACAAUCUGGCGGAAGCCAAAGAUAUGCUGGAUUGGCUCGGGGAUCACCCCCAUACUAACUUCCAGAGAUUGUUUCAAGCAUUUCGAGAUGAAGGAUUUUACAUCGACAUUCUGGAAACACCAGUUACAUGUCUCUCUAAUGCGGAUUUGAAAAGGUACGGGGGACUCCUCCUGUUAGACUCUGAGGACGAAUUUUCUGCUCUUGAGAGAAGGUCUCUCCGUGAUCUAGUAACACAACAUGGACUAGCGCUAAUUGUAGCCGCUGAAUGGCACAACGCGGACAUAAUGCGAGAAAUUCGUUUUGAAGAUGAUAACACGCGGUCCUUGUGGAGCCCUAUCGUGGCAGGCGGAAAUGUACCUGCCUUGAAUGAUUUACUGAGUCCGUUCAGUAUUGCGUUCGGGGAUGCCGUCGUAAGCGGUAAUGUGAGAUUGCAGGGUCAAGCUUUUCGAGUUGAAAGCGGCGUUCCUAUCGUGAAUUUCCCCGAGGGCGGAGAACUCCUUUACGUCUCAGACCUUGCACUUCAUGAGUAUAAGACACGUCAGCACGAUUCAGUGCUCCCUGGCAAUCGCCUACCAGCAAUGCCGAUGCUUGGCCUGGUGAAAUGUGAAGCGGGGGCUGUGUUAUCUUUCGGAGAUACAAACUGCAUUGAUACUGCAUACAGAGGGGCCAAGUGUUAUCGUUUCUUCGUCGAAGCAGUAAGACACACAAUCUCUAAUUGCGCGGGAGUAGCAAACUGCGAAAAGAUGCUUCACGAGUCUCGAAUUUUGAGUCAAGCUUUGGUCCCAAAUUCUAAUUUUCUCCGGCAAAAGGCGGCGCCUCUGGCAAUCGGCUCUUAUGCGUUGCUACAGCCGCAUCGUUGGUUCGGAAGGCAUGGCCUCACUGAGACUGAACCGAACGGUGAACAGAGGCUUUGCAAUAUGCGAGACGAGCUCAAAACAUGGGCUGUUCUUAGUUCUGGUUCUCUCAGUCGAGUGAAAUUUCCACAGCAGAAGAAAGCCGAGCCGCUUGGUUCUGAUCUAAAUUACUUUCGCUCUUUCAGACAGUACGGGAUUGAGAUGCCGAACAGCCGAACGGGGCCCCCUCACGAUUAUCAGAACUCUUUGAACUCGUUAUUUUCAAGUACUCGCGUCCGACAUUUGCCGUUGCAAUCACGAAAUCGUGGUCUAUGUUUUCUUUUUACAGGCGUUGUCCUAAUAGCCUUUUCUUUUGUUUUAAGGAGGAAGGCUUGUUCUGGGCAGCAUCGAAUGUACCUGAAGCGACGCAACAAUCGACCUAGGCAACUAGUGCCAAGUGUUAGUGCCUUCCCCACAAACACGCCCCGCAGCCAUGCUUUGUCCAGCGUACUUAGCAUAGGUAGUUUAGACAGUCCUCGUCGUUGACGACUGAACACAAACGGCGAGGUAUGAUUUUUGCCUAACUUGUCCACAGUGAACAACUAAACUAAUACUACACAGUACUUCCUUUAUCGUUGAUGCCA